AUGCGCGUGCUUGAAAUUCAGGCGGAUGCUUUCAGCUUGACGACAGUCGCGACUUCCUGCCGCCGCGCUCGGCAGUGGGAGGUUGGCAUCGACCUCCUACGCAGGAUGGCAGACAACUCCAUGGAGAUCGAUGACAUUGCGGUCAACUCCGCCAUCGGCAGCACUGCCACAG